AGGUAAUAUUGCUGGUUUAAAUGUAUCAUGGGAAACUUUUUGGAAUUUCUGGUCAGUCUGGUGUGUCAUGCUAUGCGGUGGAGAUGAGUGGAUGAGACAAUGUUAUUCAUUUGAAGUUUAGAUUUAGUUUAUUGCACGCUAGGUGUGGAUCAUCAGGAAAGCUCGGUGAGUGGCCAAUUUUUUAUUUUUAUUUUGAUAUUUGUGUUAGCUUGAACAUGGACCCAUCUGGACGGGUAGACGAAUUCCUGUCGCAGAUUGGCACAGCCCUGCAGGGGAUGCAGGAGGAGAUGACGAAUGUGAUGGUUGGGCCACCACCGCCCGCAACUCCGGGUUCUUCUGGUCGGAUGCGUUAUUCGACUCCUUAUGGGGCAACAGCUGAGUCCGAUGACGAGCUGUUCCAUAAGAAACCGGUGGUGUUACCGGAUUGGUAUAAUAACGAUGGUAAGACAGAUUUCGAAGAUUGGGUGGAAAGAGUGCGAAUUGUGCAGAGGGUGAACCAUUGGUCAGAGGAGCAGCUAAUGAGUUUUGUGCCCUUGCGACUUAAGGACGAUGCUUUUCGUGUUUACAAAGACAUGCAUGAUUUUGAGAAAUGUAAUUUCGAUACCUUUUGUGAAACUUUCAGGCUGCGGGGUUGCCCUGCUGAUGUGAAGGUAUUCAAGGCCAGACUGGCGGCGCGGCGUAAGCUUGAAACAGAGACUUACGUCCAAUUGGCCGCAGACAUCCGUCGUCUGGUCUUGAAGGCCUUUCCAUCGGCAGGAGUGGCGAUACGGGAAGAGAUGGCGGUGGACUACUUUACUCAGGCACUAACCGAUAGGGAAGUUCGGCUCCAGGUCAGGCGGGCCGACUGCGACACCUUGGACGAUGCUUUGUCUAGGGCGCUGGCUGAGGAAAGUUUCCAAAGGGCCGAGAAACCUGGAGAGGCUAGGAAGGGUCCCCAGAAGGUGAACAUGACGAGGCCGGGUGUCGCAGACGGACCGUCGGGACCUGGUAUGCAGAAGCAGAUAGACGCGCUUUCGAAAAAGCUAAAUGACGCGCUGGUUGCUCUCGGUCAGAUUAGUACAGCCCCUGGUAGGAGGGCUCGGCAUUGUACGUAUUGUGGUCGUGAUGGUCAUGAGAUGGGUUUCUGUUUUAAAAGGAGACGUGACCAAGAACUUGAAGCUCAGCAACAGCAGGGACUGCCCACCCAAGGUAACACAAAUCCUCAGUCAGGACCUUCUCAGGGGCCUCUGGGCCCUGGUUUUCAUCCUGGUCCUAAUCCUGGACCUAAUCCUGGACCUGGUACGGGAAAUCCACAUUUUUAGAUGGGGCUGGCUCUUCUGAACUGAACCCUGAGAGGGGUCAGCCUGAGGCUUUUGAUUAUGUGCGGGGGCAAUCUGCACAUGUUAGAAUUUUGAUGCAUGGGGUAGAGUUCAUGGCUUUGCUGGAUACAGGUUCAACUUGUACAAUUAUUUCAGAAGAUUUACAUCAGAAAAUGAAUGUGUCUGGUGGGGCGCCUUUGAUGCCAUAUGAUAUGGAAAUUUUGAAUGCAUCUGGGGGUACCUUGCCAGUCUUAGGAGAAAUUAAUGCUAAGUUGGAGUUUCCAGAUUUGCCAAGUCCUCGUCCUGGUAGACAGCAUACUUUUGUAGGGCCAGUGGUAGUUGCCGCUGUGCCUGGGUUGUGUGUCUUGGGGAUGGAUUUUCUUUCACCAAUGAAAGCUUCCCUGGAUUUAGGACAUAGAUUGUUGCGAUUGUUUUGUGGGUGUGUGCCCAUUCAUUAUAACCAACCUGACUUGGCAUUUUCUUGUUACAGGGUUUUUGUCGGGGAGACUACCACCAUACCACCAUCGUCGGAAGUUGUGUUGACUGGGAGAAUUAGAAGAAGGGGCGCGCUGCGGUUGCAGGAGGGAAUGAUGGAAGGUGUGCAUCAUGGUUUUUCGUUGUCCGGAAACAGACCAUUGGUGGCCAGGUCGGUGGUCUCCGUCGACAAGAACGCUGUACCAGUACGACUGAUGAAUGUUCACAAGGAACCAUACAUUUUGCAAAAAGCAUCUUGCAGAUAUCCAGAAGGUGUUUGACCGUUUGGGAGCUGCCGGGUUGAAACUGAAGUGUAAGAAGUGUUUGCUGUGUAGACGUGAAGUGGAGUACCUUGGUCAUGUGGUUGGUAGGGAUGGAGUAAAGACAUCUUGGUCCAAGAUACAGAAGGUAAAAGAAUGGCCGAGGCCUAAAACUGUCACCCAGCUGAAGAGUUUCUUGGGCCUUUGUGCGUAUUAUCGUCGUUUUGUGCUACGGUUUGGGGAGAUUGCUACCCCGUUAUAUAAAUUGACAAAGAAACAGGUGGAUUGGGUAUGGACAGCUGAGUGUGAACGUGCAUUUGAAUUGUUGAAGGAAAAGUUGUGUACCGCUCCGGUGUUAGCCUAUCCUGAUCCAAGGAAAGAGUUUAUUUUGGAUACGGAUGCUAGUGGUCAUAGUAUCUCUGGAAUCUUAGGA